AUGGCCCCUUUCCAGAUCGCACGCGCGCUGUUCGCAUCAGAACCCGUCUCGGGAGGUCUCCGCAGUGUUAGGAGGGCCGCCGUGGCUGCUGGGCCUGAUAUUGCAACGCUUGGUGUCCGCCAUCUGCAACGGCGUGCUUUGACGGUGAAUGAUACCCAGAAAGUGACGCUGGGCGUAAUCGCGGCCUACACGGUGGGCAUUGCGCUUCUGUGGAACUUGCCCUAUCUUCGUUGGUCUCUCUGGCCCUUCAAGAUGCUUGUCAUUGCGUUCCAUGAAUUCGGGCAUGCUUUCGCUGCUUGCUGUACGGGAGGACGUGUCAAGUCCAUCUCCCUGGACCCGAGAGAAGGGGGCGUGACGCACAUGUACGGAGGUAUCAGCGCCAUCACAUUACCCGCCGGCUACCUGGGAUCUUCUCUGAUCGGGGCCCUUCUCAUUUUCUGUGGUUUCAACAUCGUUGCCAGCAAGAUCGCCAGUAUCGCUCUCGGCGUCUGUUUCCUUCUCACGCUGUGGUGGGCUCGCCGGGACUGGCUCACCAUCCUGACCGUGCUACUUGCGGUGGGACUCUUGCUCGCUUGUUGGUUCAUCCAGCAUGCAGAGGCCUUGAGAUUCGUUGUCCUCUUCAUCGGUGUCAUGUCCGCUCUGUACUCGGUGUGGGAUAUUUGCGACGACCUCAUCUUACGCAAAGUGAACGAGUCCGACGCCAGUGUCUUUUCUCAACGCUAUGGAGGUUCCUCGCAGUGCUGGGGUGUCAUUUGGUCGAUCGUGUCUCUCUGUUUCAUGGCAGGUGGCAUCGCUGCGGGAAUCGCGGCCUUCCCCGAGUCAGCGGCCGAGCAGAGGAAUGAUUCGAAGGACUUUCUCCCGACUCGAUGA